GUCAUUUCAUUGAGUAACGCGGAAAUACAAUUUGUUGGAAGCACAUAGUUGAAGGGUGGUUCUUCAUUCGACUCUUAUCCACUCUAUCCCAUAUAUGUAAGGACCAGCAUAGCAACCAUUUUUCACUUCUCCACUUUUAAAAUCAUGGCCGAAGCUAUCAUUGGUUUCACCGUUGUCAAGUCACAUAUUCAUAGCUCAUGUCUUCAUACAAAGAGAUUUGAAGUGAACUCAUCUUCAAGAUGGCCUAAGCACCCUUCAAACUCUACCCUUUUCCACAGGUCAUCACAUGUUUUAGAGGGCAAGAAAAAAAGAACAUCUUUGUCUAAAGUGAAUGGUUUACCAGAUUGGCCAUUGAUGGCAAUUAUAGUAGAACAAAUGGAAGGACAGAGAGAUAUUAUAACGGAGAAAACAAUUUGGCAUCUUAGUGAUCAACAAAUAAAGAAUGUUUACUCUUGGUACAUAAUGUUCACCGUUUGGGGAUGUUUAUUCUUUGGUGCCAUGAAGGACCCAUAUUACGAUUCAGAAACGUAUAGGGGUGAUGGAGGAGACGGCACUGGCAACUGGAUCUAUGAGAAGCAAGAGAUAAUGGAAGCAGAGGCCAGGGAGGCUCUGUGGCGUGAGGAGUUGAUUGAGGAAAUAGAACAAAAAGUUGGAGGGUUGAGAGAAAUUGAAGAAGCUGGAAAGAAGGAGCAACUUGUCAAGUGAUUUUCUACAUUAAGUAAUUUACGCCUAUGCUUAAUCCCAUCCUUUAAGCAAGUGAUCCUUCAUUAUUAUGUAUAUACACCUACACCACUAGGACAAAAAAUUUAUGCUUCAAAUGUACUGUUAAACCACGUUUUAUUUCUUUGAAUAUAAAGUCGCAAUAUAAAUUAAUGGGGAGAUGGAUUUUUUCUUUAUA